CAGUAACAGUUUCAACAACGCGUCUCGCUUAGGAGUAGGUUCUCGUAUGUUGCUCUCUGAAAGGGCAAUGAUACGAUGAAUACUAUCAGGUGUUUUGUGUUCGUUUUCGCAAUUGCAAGUAAUUCAUUCACCUCUGCGUAUGAUGAAUGUAACGAUCCACUUUUGGACAGAGCUCACUUAACAGCUACCACAUCAUUACCUAACAGAGGUCCAAAAAAUGCCAGGCUUAAUGGCGGAAGCGCAUGGACGGCUAGCAGUUCAGACUUUGGUCAGUACCUUAUAAUCGACCUGGGUCAAAUAAUGAACAUCACAGCUGUGGAGACCCAGGGACGAGCAGUACAAAAUGAGUAUGUUAUGGAAUAUGUUAUCAGUUAUGGUACAAAUGGCCUGGACUACGUUGAUUACAAAGAAGAAGAUGGUAAUGUUAAGAUGUUUAAAGGCAACAUAGAUGGUGAUACUAUAAAACUUAAUAAAUUUGAAGUACCAAUUAUUGCACAAUGGAUAAGAAUAAAUCCAACCCGAUGGCGGGAUAGAAUAUCGUUAAGAAUAGAAUUGUAUGGAUGUGGUUAUGUGUCUGACAUUCUUUCCUUCAAUGGUUCAUCUCUUUUACGGUAUGAUUUAUUGAGGGAACCAAUAGAAACUGACAGACAUUUCAUACGCUUCCGGUUCAAAACGAACAAUGCAGAUGGUAUUUUAAUGUACUCUCGCGGGACACAAGGGGAUUACAUAGCUUUACAAUUAAAAGACAACAGAAUGAUAUUAAAUAUAGAUUUGGGGUCUGAUAUCAUGACUAGUUUGUCUGUUGGUAGCCUUUUGGAUGACAAUAUGUGGCACGAUGUUCUAAUAUCGCGUAAUAGGAAGAAUAUCUCAUUCUCUGUAGAUAGGGUAUUAAUUAGGGGAAGGAUAAAAGGAGAGUUUCAUAGACUGGAUUUAAAUAGAGCAUUAUAUAUAGGUGGUGUACCUAACAAACAAGAUGGAUUGGUAGUCAAUCAAAAUUUUACAGGGUGUAUAGAAAACUUUUAUCUAAAUGCGACUAGCAUUAUUCACGAUUUAAAGGAAACAGGAAUUACCGGGGAGAAUCUAAGAUAUUACAAAGUGAAUACGCUUUAUAGCUGUCCAGAACCACCUAUAAUCCCUGUAACAUUUUUAACUCAUGGCUCAUAUGCCAGACUUAAAGGAUACGAGGGAGUAUCUUCUUUGAAUGCUUCCCUCACUUUUAGGACAUACGAAGAUAGAGGAAUUAUUUUAUAUCAUCAAUUUACUUCACCUGGUUUCGUAAAGCUAUUUUUGGAAGAUGGUAGAUUGAAAGUUGAUAUUCAAACGAAAGGAAGUCCUCUAGUAACUUUAGACAAUUUCGAUGAAAAGUUCAAUGACGGAAAAUGGCACCAAGUUAUAUUAACAAUUUCAAAGAAUAACCUUAUCCUAAAUGUCGAUGGAACGCCUAUGAGGACGAGACGUAUAUUAGAUAUGAUCACAGGACCUGUUUACAUGAUUGGUGGUAUGACAGGGAUAGAGAGCAACCGCGGUUUCGUUGGUUGUAUGAGAAUGAUUAGUAUCGAUGGCAACUAUAAGCUACCAACUGACUGGAAGGAAGAGGAAUACUGUUGCAAGAACGAAAUUGUCUUCGAUGCAUGUCAAAUGAUGGAUCGUUGCAAUCCAAAUCCGUGCAAACAUUCUGGUGUAUGUCGUCAAAAUUCUGAUGAAUUCUUCUGUGAUUGUGCCAAUACAGGAUAUACAGGAGCUGUCUGUCACACUUCCUUGAAUCCUCUAUCAUGCGAAGCAUAUAAAAACAUAAACUCAGUCAGUCAACGAGCAGAUAUCAAAAUAGACGUUGAUGGAAGCGGUCCUUUGAAACCAUUCCCGGUAGUUUGUGAAUUCUAUACAGACGGACGCGUGAGGACUAUCUUGCGACAUAACAAUGAACGCAUUACACCUGUGGAUGGAUUCCAAGAGCCGGGUAGUUUUGAACAAGAUAUCAUUUACGACGCGGACAUGGAUCAAAUCGAAGCUCUUCUUAAUCGAUCCACGAAUUGUAGACAAAGGAUCAGUUAUGAAUGUAGACUUUCUAAACUGUUCAAUUCUCCAGUACCGCAAGGAGAUUAUUUCAGACCAAACUCGUGGUGGGUCAGUAGAAAUAAUCAGAAAAUGGACUACUGGGGAGGAGCAUUACCAGGUUCACGUAAAUGCGAAUGCGGUAUACUUGGAAAUUGCGCGGAUCCUACAAAAUGGUGCAAUUGUGAUGCUGACUUGGAUACUAUCUUAGAAGACAGCGGAGACAUCACUGAAAAGGAAUAUCUUCCAGUUAAACAAUUACGAUUUGGUGAUACUGGUACACCGGUGGACGAUAAAAUGGGUCAUUACACGCUUGGACCACUUAUUUGUGAGGGAGAUGAUCUGUUCAAGAACGUAGUAACAUUCCGCAUCGUUGAUGCUACCAUCAACCUACCAACCUUUGAUAUCGGUCACAGCGGUGAUAUUUAUUUCGAGUUUAAAACGACCAUCGAAAACGCUGUUAUAAUUCAUAGCAAGGGACCCACAGAUUAUAUAAAGAUUUCUAUAAAUAGUGGAAAUCAGAUUCAGUUCCAGUAUUUAGCAGGUAGUGGCCCACUUACGGUCAGUGUACAAACCUCGUACAAAUUAUCUGAUAAUCGAUGGCAUUCCGUGUCGGUUGAAAGAAAUCGUAAGGAAGCUAGAAUCGUAAUCGAUGGAGCGUUAAAGAAUGAAGUAAGGGAACCUCCGGGGCCAGUACGAGCGCUUCAUCUCACAUCGGAUCUCGUGAUUGGCGCCACGACAGAUUAUAGAGAUGGUUACGUUGGGUGUAUCAGAGCUCUCCUUUUGAAUGGUCAAUUGCAAGAUCUGAGAAGUUAUGCUCGUCAAAAUUUAUAUGGAAUUUCUGAAGGUUGUAUGGGUAAAUGCGAAAGUAAUCCGUGCCUUAACAAUGGCACGUGCCAUGAAAGAUACGAUGGAUAUUCUUGUGACUGUCGAUGGACUGCAUUUAAAGGUCCAAUUUGCGCAGAUGAAAUUGGAGUAAAUAUGCGUCCAAGUUCAAUGAUAAAGUACGACUUCAUGGGUAGCUGGCGUUCCACUAUCUCCGAAAAAAUCAGAGUUGGUUUUACAACAACGAAUCCUAAAGGAUUUUUACUCGGCCUGUUUUCGAACAUCUCUGGAGAAUAUAUGACAAUUAUGGUCUCAAAUAGCGGGCAUUUGCGUGUCGUUUUCGAUUUCGGUUUUGAACGACAAGAAGUUAUUUUCCCUAAUAAGCAUUUUGGUCUAGGACAGUAUCAUGAUGUUAGGGUAGGCAGGAAGGAUUCAGGAGCGACACUCAUUUUGCAAGUCGAUAAUUACGAGCCGAAAGAAUUCCCCUUUAACAUUAAAACCUCAGCCGAUGCACAAUUUAAUAAUAUACAGUAUAUGUAUAUUGGAAGAAACGAAUCCAUGACAGAAGGUUUUGCUGGUUGCAUAUCUAGAGUAGAAUUUGACGAUAUUUACCCUUUGAAGUUACUAUUCCAGGAAGAUGGACCUGGAAACGUUCGUUCUUUGGGUACUCCUCUCACGGAAGAUUUUUGUGGCGUAGAACCAAUUACGCAUCCGCCUGAUAUCGUAGAAACUCGUCCACCACCGCAAGUAGAUGAAGAAAAAGUUCGAGCUGCUUACAACGAAACCGACACCGCGAUUUUAGGAAGCGUGUUGACAGUCAUUAUUAUAGGAUUAGUUAUAAUGACAGUACUUAUAGGAAGAUACAUGUCAAGACACAAAGGCGAAUAUUUGACCCAGGAGGACAAGGGUGCUGAAAUAGCACUGGAUCCAGACUCAGCGGUAGUUCAUUCUGCCACUGGUCAUCAAGUUCAAAAAAAGAAAGAAUGGUUUAUUUAA